GAUUCAAAAUUCAAGAUGUUAGUGUUGUUCGAAAACCCGUUCACUGAUGAAUUUAUUCACUUGUGUUAGCCAUAAUUAUCAAUAUAUUCUGCACUAUUUUUAUGGCGUAGCUACAACUUGAAACAGGUACUUGGAAUACACUAAUUCUGACAGAAAAUGGCGGAUAGGCAGUCAUAAACGUAGAGCAAGUUGAUUAAAACGUGUAUACUGUAUAAACUGUGAUACAAAUGUAGCCCCUUCUUUAAUUAACGAAAUGAAGGGACUACCGCGUUUUAUUUUCGCUACGUAAUGGGCUGUGCGAACGGGAAGUUAGAGCCCGAGGCCCCUCCAAAUAACCACUUGGUUGAAACCUUGUACGGAGGAGGGCAUAAACAUGGGGCUCGGACCGGGCAGCACGGUGUGGCGUACACAAACGCCCGAAACCAACAGGUACAUACGAAGAAAGGGGUUCAACCUCCGCCAGAUGGAGGCCAGCCCAAGACUAACAAAAAGGUUAAGAAAUAUAGAGACAAAUUUGAUCCUCGAGUAACUGCCAAGUAUGACAUUAAGGCAUUGAUUGGCCGAGGAAGUUUCAGUAGAGUGGUUCGGGUGGAAAACAGACUCACCAGGCAGCCAUACGCCAUUAAAAUGAUAGACAGAGUGCAGGGAAAAGAAGUUUUUGAAUCCGAGUUGAAAGUUUUAAGGAGAGUCAAGCAUCAGUACAUUAUUCAACUAGUUGAAGUGUUCGAAACAAAAGAUAAAGUGUAUAUGGUAAUGGAGCUAGCUACAGGUGGAGAGCUUUUCGAUAGGAUUAUUGCGAAGGGAAGUUUCACGGAACGGGAUGCAACAAGAGUGUUGCAAAUGGUGUUGGAAGGGGUUGAUUAUUUACAUGGUUUAGGGAUUGCACAUCGAGAUCUUAAACCAGAAAACUUAUUGUAUUAUCAUCCGGGUCAUGAUUCCAAAAUUAUGAUAACUGAUUUCGGGCUUAGCGCAACCAUAAAAGGAGAAAAUAUGAUGCGGACUACAUGUGGCACUCCCGAGUAUAUUGCGCCUGAGAUAUUGGCACGUAAGCCAUAUACAGUUCAAGUAGAUAUGUGGGCAGUGGGAGUAAUAACGUAUAUUCUCCUUAGUGGAACUAUGCCAUUUGACGAUGAAAACCGGACAAGGCUUUACAGGUUGAUUCUGAAAGCCAAGUACAGUUACGCUGGAGAGCACUGGAAAGAUGUUUCGGAUCUUGCUAAGAAUUUCAUUGACCGCUGUCUAGUCAUAGCCCCUACUGAACGCAUCACUGCUGCGGAAUCUGUUAAACAUCCGUGGAUCGUCACAAUGGCUGCCAGUUCAAGUAACAAGAACUUACACCGCACUAUUAGUCAUAACCUGCUACAGCGGCAGUCUACGCGGUCUCGGGCAAACAGUACAAAAAGUGCCAAAUCAACGCGAUCAACGAAAUCCAACAAAUCAAAUAAAUCAGGACGUUCACUGCACUCAGAGCACCGUCGGGUCCAGCAGGAAGAAAUCGAGGCCCUGCAUCGCGACCCAGAGGUGCAAGCCGAUCUAGCCUCACUUAGUUAAGCUCGGGAGUUUCUUAAGUUAUAAGGUACAAUUACAAAAGAAGAAAAUGAAAGGAGAGUACAUAAAGUUCGUGAAAAUAGUCGUGGAAAGAAGCUUUUAGUUUAUUAAUGUUGUGAAACAUUGCAGUUUUCGUACACAGUUAAAUUCUGAAUACAUUUGUUGGUAUAGCAGAAGUUGUGAAUGAAUCAAGAGAAAUUUGUUAUGAUUUAUUUCACGAGGUUGAUCAGAGCAUUGUCUUCAUUUUCUUCAUAUUGUUUGGUGAGGCUGAUAAGACGGACUGACAAAAGAACAAAAAAAGAUCUGGGGGUCAAGAUGAUGCCCCAUUGCCAAAAAAAUGUGAUAUUAUUGCGAAUGGAACCACUGGAACAUGUGUGUGUGAUUGGUUUGUUAAAAAAUAUACUCUUAAGAUGUAGGAUAUUAAUCCUUUCUACCCCUAGAUAUCUGUUAUGGACUCUUCUAUCUCUAUAAAUGGAAGCGAUGAUUAUGUGCUUUUAGGGAAGGAAGGGUUAAUGGAUUUAAAAGGAGCGAAACACAUUAAAUUUGUGAGAAGAAUAUGGAAACAGACAAAAUCUUGUGUUGGAAAUCUACUUCAGCAGGGAAUUUGUACAUAGUCUUAUUGAUAGACCUCUAGAUACUGUAUACUUUUGUAUCGCAUUAUAAAUAGGGAA